UUAAACUCGACAACAACCAAGCGGGGCGGCCCGUCCAUCGCCGCCAGUUGUUCCGUUCCGGUGCCCUCCCUGCUCCCCGGGACUCCUCGGUCCUCUCCCCCCCCUCUCCCCGCAGUCACGGCGGCGGUGGGUGUGUCGAUGCGGGCCGGAGCUGCCUCCAGUCGCUGCUUGAGAAAAGAGGAAAAAAGUUGGUGAUGAGUUCAGAGUAGCGGAGCAGCUAGCCGGGAUGGCGGUCUGGACCCGAGCCGACAAGAACGGGCAGCUGGACCUUCUGCUCCGGGACCGCUGGAUCCGAGUCUCCGCCGAACUCACCCGGGAAACGCUCACUUUGACGGCCGAGGCGGAGGCGUCCGCCCCGGGGGCCAACCACUGGGACUACAGCAACUCCCCGGCGGGCCUCAGAAACGGCAUCUCGAACGGAAACGAGCCGGGGGCGAGUCCCGGGAGCCGCGGUCCGGACCAGCUCCAGAACCAGAACCAGAACCACGGGGGUCGGGGGCGCAGCGGCAGCCCGGGGCGAGGGGGUGUCAGCCGGGGUCAGUACGACGGCGGCUACGCUCUCAACAGCCCCGGAAAGUACCCGAAUAACGGCACCAGCUCCGACUUCGGAAGCCCCGGAUCCAGCUACGGCAGCCCGGGCUCCAGCUUCGGGUCGCGGCAGGGGGAGGACGGCUCCUCGGAGGCGGUGCGGAAGGUCCGGGUAGUGAAGCAGGAGUCUGGCGGGCUGGGGAUCAGCAUCAAGGGGGGCCGAGAGAACCGGAUGCCCAUCCUCAUCUCCAAGAUCUUCCCGGGGCUCGCCGCCGACCAGAGCCGGGCGCUGCGGGUGGGCGACGCGAUCCUGUCGGUGAACGGGAACGACCUCCGGGAGGCGACCCACGACCUGGCGGUGCAGGCGCUCAAGAAGGCUGGAAAAGAGGUGACCCUGGAGGUGAAGUACAUCCGCGAGGUGUCUCCGCUCUUCAAGAAGCCGUCCCUGGUGGCCGACCUGCCGUGGGACGGCGUCCGUCCUCAGUCUCCCAGCUACAGCGGCAGCGACGACUCCGGAUCCCCCAAACACAGCAGCAGCAGCAGCAGCUCCAAAGACAGGAAGGUGAUCAGCCUGAAGAUGUGCUUCAUCAGCAGGAACCUCACCAUGCCGGACCUGGAGAACAGGCUGCUGGAGCUUCAUUCUCCCGACGGGCAGCACACCGUGGUGCUUCGCUGCAAAGACGGACCUUCAGCCAACUCCUGGUUCACCGCCGUCCACACCAACAUCGCCGCCCUGCUGCCCCAGACUCUGGCCCACAUCAACGCCUACCUGGGGGCGUCGUCCUCGGCCUCCACACACCCCCACCUCAAGCACAUCGGCUGGCUGGCCGAGCAGGUCCAGCUGGAAGGCGGUCGGCAGCAGUACCGGCCCGUCGUCAUGGCGCUGACGGAGAAAGACAUCCUGCUGUUUGAGUCGGUGCCGUGGAGCCGAGAGUCCUGGUCCGUCCCUCUGCUGACGCAUCCGCUGCUCGCCACCAGGCUAGUUCAUUCCGGCAGUGCUCGAGGUUCUCCUGCUCAGGGUUCUGACCUGGUGUUCGCCACUCGGACCGGAACCGGCCGAGGCAUCGAGUCCCACAUCUUCCGAGUGGAGACCCACUGGGACCUGUCCUCGUGGACUCGGGCCCUCGUUCAGGGGGCUCACGCCGCCGCUGAGCUCAUCAAAGAAGUGUCCAUCGGCUGCACGUUGAACCGGCAGGACGUCCGACUGACGCUGCACUACGAGAAAGGCUUCACGGUGACGAGGGAACCGGCUGAUCCAUCGGGGGGCGCCGUGCUCUUCAGAUACCCCUACGAGAAGCUCAAAAUGUCCGCCGACGACGGAAUACGCAAUCUGUACCUUGACUUUGGAGGUCCAGAGGGAGAAAUGGUGUUUGACCUCCACUCGGGUCCAAAGCCGGUGGUGUUCGUCCUCCACUCCUUCCUGUCAGCCAAACUAACUCGGAUGGGCCUUCUGACGUGAAGCGACCGACCGACGCCGGCAGCGAAAGCAUUUCAUUACUCUUCUUGUUUUUCUUUAUUUUUUUAUCUUAUUUUUUUUUUCUCCAGUUCCUCCAUUCACAGCUGAAGCUAGUCCCGAGGCGGCGCUGCAGGGAAAGAUUAACCCAUCGUCGAUUGUCUCAGAAACGUGCCUUCUCUUCCAGCUUCUCCAAACAGGAAGGGGCACUUUGCUUCGAGUGUUAGAUAGCUGUUAACGACCUCACGACAUUCCAGAUUCUAAUCGCGAGCCUGCAACGCCUCAAAGUGAUACCCAAACACGUCCAGGGAAGGCUUUUGUAGAUCCAAGGACUUGUUACUCUGCCUAUCAUUCCACAGCAGCCUUCCAGUCCACUUCUUCGUGUCUCUGUUCGUCUGAGGAAGUCGCUGUUUUAGACGCUGAGCAGAGAAGAAGAAAGACCUCGACGCUACUCGCUUCUGUCGGCUUCGAUAGUGUGCCUGCACAUUAUCCCAAACUACUGUCAGGAUGCCAUCUGUGCCUUUUUCAACGUGUAGGAAAAGACUGUCUUUGUAACGUUUUUCCUGUUUUUUUUUCUUUUUGUAACGUUACACAAUAAGAGGAUUUUAUGCUUUGGACAUGCACAAGCAAUAGUAUUACUCUUAUAGUGUAAACCAUGUUACUAUGUUUGUUUUUUUAACUGUAUAUCUCUUCAUAGCAUGAACUUUCUGACCAGAUGAUGAUAUAUGACAUGUUACCUACCGUCGUCACCCACACUACCACCGCCAUCGCCUCGCUUCCCUUCGCUUGAGAUUACGCAUCGCAGCGGUAAAGAUGUAUUUUAAUAACAUCUUUCUGCUCGCUUAUUUCAGUCUUUUGCUUCAAAAACAGGAAAUUUAAGCAUUCCUAAUGUCAUAUUUUAGUGUUUUUAACCCUCUGAACUCCCAGUCGUUUUGGUUCCUGUCACAUUUUUCCUCACUGUGGGUAAAUUUUUCACUACAAUAUAAAGUCCUGCACCUCUGUGGAAACAGAACAACCAUGACUUGAAAGAAAAAUAACCCAAAAAUGUCUUCUGUGUAAUUUGACACAGACAGAAAUCAUUUAAAAAUGUAUUAAACCAAGUUUUAUGCUGAUUGUUAAUUUGCAAAAAAAUAUAAUUUAUUAAUAAGUGCCCCCAGAUAAUUCAAAUAAUGGAAAAGAAACAAGGCUCUACAUGUCUACAGAUGAGGUGUUUUUCUGUAGAAAGAUGUUUCUCCAUGCUGAAUGUAUCUUCCUCCAACUUGUUCCUCUGUUCACUGUUUCUGAGCCAUGCUGCAUUUAUUUUAUUGAUUAUUAAUUUUACAAAAUUGAAAAGAACUGGAAUUAACAUGUACAAUAUUUUUCACAUAGCCACAAUUACUCCCAAUACUAGAAAAUAAAUGGUGGCUUUACAUUUUAGAUAUUUAGCUUUUUCCAUUUUUAAUUCAUUAUUCGUCUCCGCUCUGUGGAAACACUGCCUGCAGUUCAGCUGAAAACUGAAUUUUUGCCACGUGACUGUUGUUCACAGCUGAGUCACUAAUGGCUUCACAGUUAUAUUAAGGAACACAGAAUUUUUUGUUUUUUUACAGAAUCUGGUUAAAGUAAACUGUUUAGUUUUGUCAGUUUUUUUUUUAAACACGACAAGUAGAAUUCAUUUUCCAACUGCAUGAGUUGCUCAAGAACCACUGGAAAAUGGAAAAGCUUAGAAUUUUUCAGUUUUUGGCUCGUCUUAUUUUGCUAUUUUUUUGUGAUGAAAACAGCAUGCCAUUGAAAUCUUCUAGUUUUGGGGGUUCAGAGGGUUAAAUUCUAUUUUUUUCUCCUAAAUAAUAAACAAACAAAAAUUGUCAAGCAGUAAAUAAGUGUCCGAUUUCACCCUACUGCAGGUAGGAGCGAAAUAUUCUUAUUUCCAGCAAAUAAAUUUGCAGUUAGCAUUAAAAUAUAUUCACUAUAAAAUUAUUUAACCUUGAAACUAAUUUAAAAAGGCUCAGAUUUAAGCCUAUGUAGGUUUAUAUAAACAUUUGUAUAGACAGUUGAAACUAGUUUGUCCUUAAAGUCACCUCAUGUAGGAGGUGUCGUCCCAGAAAACCAGAGAAAAUAUUCACAUAAAUAACUUUAUUCUGGAGCUUUCGGCCACAUCUCACUGUCUUCAUCACAGCUGAGGAAAUGUUUGUAGUUUCUACAAAUCUAUUUUUAAUUUUAAGCCUGAUUGUGAAUCUGUUUCUUUGCAUGAAAUCUAAACUAAAAAUGCUACAUGCUAAGUUUGGACAAGUUCAUCACCUCAAAAUGUUUUUUUUUUCACCUUCAGCUUUCUUUUUCUAGUUGAAAUAAUGAGCAGACUUAAUAAAUGUUUCUUUAAAUGUAAUAUAUACGCUUUAAUAUUUGAUUUAAAGGUGGUUAAACACAGUAAACUGCAUCAAUUCCCCUGGAUUAAAGGCUACAGAGAUGCUAGCUUAUCGCUAAUCCUGGCUAAUUAGCAUUUAGCAAGACAAUUAAAUCCUGUGUUACUUUUAUUUCUCUAACAGAUAAGAUUUAGCUGUUAAUUCUUAUUUAUGUGGUUGAACAAAUUCAACUCUGAAUGUGUUUGUGUUAAAAUCAAGUUUACAAAAUUUAAAAACUGGAGGAAACCAGCUAAAUUAGCAUUAGCUAGCAGCGCUAACAGCUAGCCUAAACUAGUUUGGUUUUUAGCUUAACUUUUCUAGCUCUUAUUCGUGUUUUUUUCCCCCAAAAUACUUACAUUUCUAUCAAAUACCACUUUACAUGACAAGAUAAAAUUCUGAAAAAAAAUAUUUUAUAGUAAUAUAGUUAUAUAUAUAUUAGAAUAUAUAUAUUAGAAAAUGCUUUCAUUCCUAACUGGAGCAGUAAACCAAUGUUUAUAAAGUUUGUUUAUGAAGGAUUGAAAUUAUUAGCAUCACCAGUAGUAAAUACAAUGCAAAUAUAUUUGUAGCAUAUCAAAAAAAGAUAAAGCAAUUGCACAUUUGUGGCAUUUUAAAGCUAAUCGCUGGUUUUGGUAGAUGAAAAACACAAAAAGGAGAAUUUAGCGGCAGACAAAUUAUAUGCUAUUUGUGUUCUUUACAUCAUUGAAAAAAAGCCAAAAUUUACACAUAUAUUGUUAAAUUUUCAUAAAUAAAUGCAAAUAGCAAGGUAUUCUGAAUUCUAAAUGUGUUUGUUUAUUGACAUAGAACUAUUUAAAAGUUAUUUUUAGCAGUUUGAUAAUUAAAAGCUUAUUUAUUUUAUGUAAUUUGACUCAUGAAGAAGCUCAGUUUGCUGAUCAAGACAGUGAAAUACAGUUGAAAGGUCUGGAAAAAGCUCUGUUAUUCCCUAAAUAAUGAACAUUUACACUUGACUUUUGAGCUAUUUGAACCCUAAAUUAGUCUUUUGACGUCAUUAAAUUGACGUGAAGUCGAUGUUAUUAGCGUGACUGACUAAUUCUGCCUUUAGUUCAGCUGCCUGAGCAGAGAUUUGAGUCCAAUAAACACAUUUUCAUCACCUUCAGCUGCUUCUUGUUGCUAAAGUUUCCUUCAGUGGCGCCUCUGUGUUCUGUUGGACCUCAGAACAAAGAGUCUUUGUGUCCGAUGAGAACCAGAUAACCCGUCUGUCCUCGGAUCAGGAACUCGGCCGGGUCGACCUCAGUUCUGUUUUAAACUUCCUUGUGGUUGUUUGAGCAGAAGUUUUUUUUUUUUUUUUUUUUUAAUCAAAGUAGAAAUACAACAUUUAGUUCCUAUUUAGGGUCAUUUCAAGAUGCGGUUUCUGAUGUUAAAACAGAAGUAGAGUUUGUUUCGCUUUAACCCUCUGAACUCCAAACAGUUUCUGGGUGUCUUUAUUUUGUAAAAGUAGAUUUUUUUGGUGGUGUUGUUAAUUUACAGAAAAAUGUAAAAAUGGAACCAACAUUUCUGACAUUUUUUAAGUGUCCACAGGUGUUACCAAAAUGCAGAAAAAACACAUACUAUAGAUAUUUAAUAUUUCCAUUUUUACAGCCUCAACAAGCUUUUUCACUACUUUGCAUGUAAACUCGAUGUUUCACCAUGCUGAAUGUAUCUUCCCACAGCCUGCUCCUCUGUUCACCAUUUCUGAGCCAUGCUGCAUUUAUUUUAUCGAUCACAACUUAAAAUAAAAACAGUGGCUCUACAUUCUAUAGAUAUUUUAUGACUAGACAUUUAUAACUUUUGUCUUUAUUUUGCUCCUCUCUGCUCUAAAAACAAAGCCGAGUGCAGAAUUUUUGCCACGUCACGGUUGGUCACUGCUGAGUCAUUAAUCGCUUCACAGUUACAUUAAGGAACACAGAGUUUUUUGUUUUUAUAGAAUCUGGUUAAAGCAAACUGUAUAUUUUUUUAGCAUUUUUUUGGCAUUUUGCUGUCAGUUUCAUGCUUAGAUUUGUUUAAUUUUUCCAAUAGAACUACAUGUUCUGUAUGAGUAGUUCAGUGACCGGCAGAAAGUAGUAAAGCCUACAUUUUUUUUCAGUUUUUGGCUCUGAAAAAUCGUCCUUUUUCAUGAUUUUUUCUUGUGAUUUAAACAGCAUGCCUUUUGCCACGUGACUUUUUUUUUCCUUUAUUUUACUCCUCUCUGCUCUAAAAACAAAGCCGAGUCUCUGAAUUUUUGCCACAUCACUGUUGAUCACAGCCCAAUCACUUAUGGCUUUUCGAUUGCGCUGAGAAACGCACAAUUUUUUGUUUUUUACAGAAUCCAGUAAUCAUAAACAGUUUAUUUUUCAGCAAUUUUCAGAUCAUAUUUAAGGUACAUUUUCAACAUGGAGCAGCUUCUUUGGCUUGUUGUGUUCAAAGACCGUCGGAAAGUUGUAAAUCUGUUGUGUUAAGUUUCUGGCUCAUAAAUUGUGUUUUUUGUAUUUUUUUUCAACAGAAAACACCUUUCAGAUCAAGGUUUUGGGGUUCAGAGGGUUAAAACACUCAUAUUUGUUUAGUUCCUGCCAUCAUUUGAAGCAAUACUGACUUAUUAAAGCUGCAGGCCGUCCCUCCUUAAUGCACUCACCUGUCGGCCCGUCUCACCUGUGAAUGUACUCCCUCCUUCCUCCUCCUCCUCCUCCUCCUCUUCUUCUUCUGUCCCGUCUAUGCAACGCUUCAAACAUGAGGUUUCUGGAACCAAAGUUAAAUUUGUGGCAGCUUGCGUCCGACACAAUCAUGAAACUGAACGAGAGGAAAACGUGCUGCUGCAGCAAAGCGUCAUUAUGCAAAGUAUUGUAGACUCCUUCAGUAAAACUGUAUGAUACCAUGUAGUAAUCUCAUGUAAAUACCAAUUAAACUCUUAUAAAGUACA